AUGGCAGUGGAGAUCUAAAAACAUUUACCGCAAUCCGCUAAAAGUCCUCAAAGAAGAGCGACCAAUAUGGCAGGUCCACACUCACAGUGGAGGCCUCCACGUGCAUGUGACGCCUACUGGAGUGAAUUCAAGCAUUGCACGAGUUUAUGGAACAGGUUUCAUGAAUACUACACACACGGUACAGCACCAGACUGCCGACAGUGGAAAGAAGAUUAUAACGCCUGCAAAGAGUGGGAGAAAAAUCACAGUACACACGCCAAGGAAUCUCUCCAGGAGAGUGAGAGGAAACGUGUCGCUGAGCAGAGGAAGUUCACUCCAGUCUGGGAAUUACGACAGACUCCUCCAGCAGACUGGCACCUGCCACUCAACCAGGGCAAACCACAGGACUCAUAAACACACACACAUACUCAACCAGUGCAGAUUAUACAGGAAUAUUUAUAUUUACAUCUUAGGUAAGAAACUCAUGAACAAAUGACUUCCAGCAGCUUCGGUCCUCUCCAGAGUGUGCUGCAGAUGUUGCUCCAUAAUUCCAGCAGGGAAUCGCAUUGCACUACCUCUCCUAGACUCUUGUCCUCCUGUUCAGUUGCUUUUGUAGCUCACACGUGCUUUAAGGGAAAUGCAGAACAGCUCAAAGUUUUGAUCAAGUAUGUAUAGCAUUUAAUGUGGAUGGUGUUAUCAAAUUAAUAAAAGGAACAUGGAUGCACGAGCAUUUCAUGAGAAUCUCCAAGUCCAAAAUAUA